UUGUGGUAUGGCUAAGCCCUGCGCAGAAGUGGCGAUUUCUGAUUGGUUGAGGCCCAGAUCUCCCCUGGCCCACCAGAUAGAAAACUGAAGCAUAUACUACUCUCUCUCCUCCCCUCCCCACUGUUUGAAGCUAACAGCUCAGCUUUUACUCACCACCACAAAGUCACAGCUCUGCUCCCCUUCUUCUUCACAUAAAGGAAAGCAGAAAAAAAAAGAAGAAGAAGAAAUACACAUUAAUGGCUUCCAAGCUCUGCGACUCCUGCAAGUCGGCGACGGCGGCUCUCUUCUGCCGCCCGGACUCGGCGUUCCUCUGCCUCAGCUGCGACUCCAAGAUCCACGCGGCCAACAAGCUGGCGUCCCGCCACGCGCGCGUGUGGGUGUGCGAGGUCUGCGAGCAGGCCCCCGCUCACGUGACCUGCAAGGCCGACGCCGCCGCGCUCUGCGUCACCUGCGACCGGGACAUCCACUCCGCCAACCCGCUCGCCCGCCGCCAUGACCGCGUCCCCGUCGUCCCCUUCUACGACGCCGUCGACAAGUCAUCCUCCGACGACGCAGCCGCAGCGGCGCCGCCCUGCGCGCUCAACUUCCUCGACGACCGCUACUUCGCCGACGACGCUGACGCGGACGAUGACGUCAGCAGGGAGGAGGCCGAGGCCGCCUCCUGGCUCCUCCCCAACCCGCCGCCGGCGGGGGUGGGUAGCAACAAGGGCGCCAUGGAGUCUCAGGAUCUGAACACCGGCCAGUUCUUGUUCCCCGAAAUGGACCCGUACCUGGAUCUGGACUACGGGCCCGUGGAUCCAAAAGUGGAGGCCCAGGAACAGAACAGCUCCGGGACCGACGGAGUCGUCCCCGUCGGAAUUCAUCAUCAACCUCCGUUGAUGAACGAGCACUGCUUCGACCUCGAUUUCUCCGCCGCCGGAUCCAAGGCUUUCUCCUACGGCUACGCAGCUCAGUGCUUGAGCCACAGCGUGUCAUCGUCGUCGAUGGACGUGGGAGUGGUCCCGGACGGCGGCAGCGGGACGGCGGACAUAUCGAACCCGUGCAGCAGAGUAUGUGGAGGCGGAGGGAUGAGCAACGGAGCCGAAUCGGCGGCGGCGGUGCCGCUGUCGGCGGUGGACAGGGAGGCGAGGGUGCUGCGUUACAGGGAGAAGCGGAAGAAUCGGAAGUUCGAGAAGACGAUCCGGUACGCUUCGAGGAAAGCCUACGCGGAGACGAGGCCGCGGAUCAAGGGAAGGUUCGCGAAGCGGACGGAUAUCGACGUGGAAGCCGACCGGAGUAUGUACGGCUUCGGCGUCGUGCCGUCGUUCUGAUACCCCCUUCCUCACGGAAAAUUUUCAGUAAUAAAGAAAGGAACUUAGUUUUGUUUUUCAUCUUUUCCUAAUUUUUGCAAUUUCCGUUUUUUUUUAAUAUAUGGUAGGGCGGGUAAAAGUUGUUUGUAUGUAAUAGCUGUUUGAUCAACGGGAAUAAUUAUAAAUGACCGUUGAUUUUGUUGGUUAAUCAAUUAAUCUAAGAUUA